CCUCUGCCGAACGUCCCACCUAAUUAUUCAAUCUGGCUGAUCUCUCGCCUACAGAUUCUCCUCCCUCUGCUCUUUUGCAUCCCAACUCUCAGGUAUCUGCCGAAGAUAAAUCGAAGAGAAGUCAGAGGAAAGGUCUUCGGUCUCUGUUCAAGCAUGUUUCUGGUUCAAAACACUCAAGUCGCUCUGGACGUUCAGACACCUCAAGCAUUUCGUCAAGAUCAUCACCGACCCAUUUAGAAGGGCCCUCUUCCCGUCCACACACUGAUGUGAUUGUUCGAAAGACGAAUCCGGAUGUUCCGGAAACUGCCGCAAGCAGUCCGCCUGUGUUACGUGUCUCACCCGGCCUUAUCAACACCAGCACCACCACCGUACAGUCCACUAUCCGAAGUAGCAGCCUAUCCGGUCGCGAGUCGCUUGAUUCUAGACUGACGACCAGUUCCAUCCUGGAUCAACAAUCAACACAGCUUGCACAGGGCAGUUCGUCUCCUGUUUCACAAAACGGCCUGAAGAUUGUUGAAUCCAGACAGAGGCGCCAAACAGAUGACCCCAUCCCAUAUCUGAAACCCUCCCCGUCGAUACGCUCGGCGCACACUCCGGAUAGUAUCGACUCUGGUCAGCCUGGUGGCAGUGGUCACGGUGAGCGCAUCGCUGUUCGAGUGGCCUCAGCAACUCCGAGUCCACCAUCGGCGCGAUUGGAUUUAACGGGUUUUGAAAAGCCAUCGACUCCUUUUAGUCGUCCCAGAAAAAUCGAUCUCGAACAUGGCGGGCCCCUAUGUUAUAGCACUUUGCGGCGCUUUUUCAACGCUAAGUUCUGCAGUCUAUCGGAAUUCCUUUUUUUGCAAGAGAGACUCUUUUCUAUUUUCAUAAAGGAAACUACUCACAAGGUUGCUGAAACCUCUUUGACAGCCCACGACCGGUUUCGCCCUUCCACUUCGGGCUCAUCAGAUAGGCGCAGUCCCCGAGUUUCCGUCAACCUUAUGUUCUACUUGAACCCAAAUUGGAGACUGCUUUCGAGAACUACACUCAUUUGCAAAUCACUAUGGUUUUUACGGGAGAUUCAGAGUCUCUGCGACUGCCUGCAGUUCGUGUGCCUAGAAAAGAAAAGCAUGGUGCCACAGACUCUGUACAACGAUAUAGCAUCCUAUUUCGGGGUCCAGUCAAAUACACAAACUCUGCUCCAUUCUCUACCAGAAGGACGUUUACUCAUGGAUAAAACAGCAUGCGUCAACAGGACAAUCAUUGAUGCCCCACUUCGACAUGUACUGAAUAAUACGUUUUAUUGGGUUGAAGACUCUGCAGACGUCGUUAAUGAAACCAAAUACGACCCUGACAUUAAUGACUGUGCUUUGGUCGAGUCUGCUGCCAACAUGGAGGCUCGUAUGACACGCGUAUGGUCCUGGCUUCGAAAUCCACUUUGUGAAGAACUAUCACCCUGCGAUUUGUACCUUUUGGAGUCUUACAACUCGACUCCCAGUGCUCACCAUUUUCCGUCAACCUGUCAUGAAGACGUUUGCUCCCAUCCACAGGUGGAUAACUCUCCGGGAAGCCCCGCAUCUGGUCGACCGGAUGGGUCAUCAUCCAUCGACGAAACAGGGGAUGCAGUGACCACAACAGACCAACAAGAGUCUGCAGUGGAUGAAACUUUGACACUGUUGAAGCUGGAAGAGCUUCGACAGUAUGUGAAACAUCUGGAGACCUCGAUUCGUUCGAAUGAAAGCGCCCGAAAAGAGCUAAACGACUGGCUGUUCGAACAAAUGACUGGGAUCACAAUCAGUCCCGGGGAUUCGUCCACCUCUGAGGGCGAAAUCAAGCGUGUCUUCGAAGAUAGGUCUAAAAUUUUGAAGCAGCAUGCGAAAACGUUGAAUGACCAACUCCAAGCCACACAGUUCGUGGUUCAAACUUUGGAAGCGCAUGGUAUUCCGAGAGACGUGUCCCCCAAAAGUUAUGUACGCGAACUGCUGAAACGAAGAGGAAAGGGAGCUGCACCGGGGUUCCCACCCAGUCCAAGAAGCCCAUCAGCCCGUGAAGGCAACGAACCAACUGAAUCUCAACUGAAUCCUCCGACUAGAGAACGUCCUUCUCACACCUUACCCGCUCUCCCAACCACAUCUAGUCGGACGCCCGAUCUGAGUGAAGCUCGACGCCAUGCCCAAACAUUACCAUCAGAGCGCACUUACUCCCAGGAAUUGCCAUCAGGACGGCGGAUAUCAGACCCUGAUCCUCUAGCCCCACUAUUUCGACCAAGUCCCCUGUUGAGCGCGGCAGCCAGAUUGAAGCCGACAGGCUCAUUGGCCUCCCUAUCCCACUAUGGCAAGCCAUCGCUGGAUCCCCAGACCAAUCCAGACAGGCCCCAUUUUGUUCCGGCGAGUAACGUUUGUCUACCCGCCCCCCGUACUGUGCAGCCGUUCUCUUCCCACCCAACCUCUCCGGAAUUGUUCUCCAUCAGCUACGCGGACGAUUCAGCGGUGGAGGCCGGUUCGAAGCCGCUGCGUGUAUCGCUCCCGCUCAGUGAGCAUAAACCGGAAACUUCUGGAGCUGGUGGCAGUGUAUUUCACACUGUUCGACAUGGCCUCGAGGUGUUCGGGCGCCAAUUUCGUCGACCACGUUCGGCCAGCGAAGAGAAUGUUAUCGCUGCAACCAAAGCUGCUGGGUUUUCACGGUUAGCGAAACAAAGCAAUCGUCCCCGCAGCCGGACUGCUUGGAUGGGCCCUCUCUCCAGGCGCUCCAAGAAACCAUCCUCACCAACUCGGAACUCAGUCGCUCCGUCGGUGCACACGAACCUGGUUGAUAACCAUGGCCUGGUAUCUGUGGAAACGCCAAAUCGAUCGAGAAUAAGUCAUUCGGGGUCUGUUUGUUCGGCAAGCGCGCUACCCGUCGCCACAAAUAACCCGUUCAUCAACACACUUAAUAUGCCGAGCAUCAUCGAUCGUAGCAUGAGUGCCUACAGUGGAUCCACGCCGCUCAAAGAAGAAUUACUCUCCCCUCCAGCAGUUGGACCUUCCACGGGUAGUACCUCGGGGCUGGUUCCACCAACGGCCGCAGAAUACGGAGACACUGCAUUAACCAAAAUAUUUGAACUACUCAGUAUUACCAUGCCUAGCUGCCAGAACCAAGGGGCUGGGUUUGCAACCAGAGCAUCGUCCGGGUCUUCCGCGUCAAUCCCUGGACCGUCUGCUUCAAACGGUCCAAAAAGUGCGCCCACCGGAGCAGUAGCACCAGGAGCUUCGGCACAUACGGAAGCACUGGGUGCUUCCACUAAUCUGCUCAAUUCCGCUCUUCUCUCUACCCCUUAUUCUCAUAAUCCGAUCCCCACUGGAAAUGUCGCACUCGCGCUGACUGCGUUCUAUCGAAUGUGGACAAUGCAACUGUCCAGUUUGACAGCACAACAGACGGAGGGAUUUCAAAGUCUGCGCAACGAGUUGGCUUCCAUACGGCGAGAACAUUUGCAGCUGCAUGAGACGGCCGUAAAACUUACGGCUGAGUUGGGCUCCAUUAGUCGUGAUGCACAAACUCGUGAGGAACUGCACAAACAAAAAUUGUCAGAUGCCACAACGCGGAUAGAAAAGUUGGACGCCACAGCCGAGGAAUCUCGACAGGCAAUGCAACGUGAAUUGGUACUGCUGCGCAAUGAAUUUCGUGACACGUGGGCCAAAUUGGAAUAUCAGCUGACCACAAAGACACGUGACCUUAACGACCAGCAUUACACCAUCUCGAAUCGGCGUGAUGCACAAACUCGUGAGGAACUGCACAAACAAAAAUUGUCAGAUGCCACAACGCGGAUAGAAAAGUUGGACGCCACAGCCGAAGAAUCUCGACAGGCAAUGCAACGUGAAUUGGUACUGCUGCGCAAUGAAUUUCGUGACACGUGGGCCAAAUUGGAAUAUCAGCUGACCACAAAGACACGUGACCUUAAUGACAGCAUUACAACCAUCUCGAAUCGGGUUACCAUAAUUGAAAAGCCGUCUGAGCAACAUGGUGGAGCUGUUGCCAACGGUUCCGAACUGUCCCGAAUACGACACAAAGUCCUUCACUACUUGACCGAUAUGUGUGUCUCAUUGUUCGCGCUGUUGACUAUGUUGCUACAGGUGCUCAUUCGGUGUCUCAAUUUGGGUGCCGUUGUAACAGAAAAUCGCACUCUUGCGCUCUGUUUUUCCAUCGUCUUGGCUGUCGGAUUCAUCUUGGUCUACAUUUCCGAACCACUGAUUCACAGUCUCGGUGGGGUACCCUCCGGCAACUUUUCCUCGAUCCCUUCCACAGGAACUGCUUGGCGGGACACGCUUAUUACAAUCCUGUCGUUCUUCCGCCGUUUUGCUCGCGGUUCAUCAUGACAAACCUGGGCUGGUCGAUCGCAGUUGGUCAGACAACCACACUGCAAACCGGGCACGGAUCUCAAGCAACUUGCCAAGUGUUUGAACAGACAUCUGUUCUUUUCUCUUCUGUCCGAUGUAUACUCCUUUUGCACAGAAAAAAGCACAUGACACCAGACGUGCCGAUUUCCCCGCCUUUAGCCUCAAGCUCGCUUGUUUUCAGUUUCGGCACGUUACCCUCUCUCUCUCUCUCAUACUCCGUUCUUCCAGUCAUUCCAUCAUCUUUCCGAUGUGCGCCUCCGUCCACCUUUCGCUCCCCGUACUAUCUGUCUUAUUCGCUUUCAGAUCAUUUCGAUGCCUGUCCACCUGAUGACAUGUUUACUGAUCAGAUAAUCAAUCAAUUGGUGGCAGCCGAGAAUUUUUGACGUGCAUCUAUUUAUUACUGGUACUUGUCUGUCGCCCACCUAUUUUCAUGCUUUUUAUAGGUUUUAUAUCCUUAGGCACAGCGCCUAUCUACCUACCCGUCCCCCCUCCGCAAAUCAACAUGAUUCCUUCAUUGUCUUGUGCGCAAUUGCGUGAUCCACUGCUCCCAUCUGGUUGGGUUGUUCCUGGAGCCUUCUCCUGUCCAAUCCGACUGUUGUUUUGAGAGACACCCCACACAGUUUCCUGUUCGUUCUCAGACACUGUUUGUUUGUUCCUUCCUUCCUUCUAUCCAUCCAUCCAUAUGAUUCGAUUAUUUUUUGAGUUGUGUUCUUUGUGAGUUCAUCCGUCCAGGUUUCGUUGUCUUUCAUAUUCUCUCUUUCUCUCUAAUGUGUCCCACUCCGACCGAUAUCCGAUUCUCAGACAUUGUUUGUUCCUUCCUUCCUUCUAUCCAUCCAUCCAUAUGAUUCGAUUAUUUUUUGAGUUGUGUUCUUUGUGAGUUCAUCCGUCCAGGUUUCGUUGUCUUUCAUAUUCUCUCUUUCUCUCUAAUGUGUCCCACUCCGACCGAUAUCCGCUUCCGGGACGUCGGUCAGUACAGCGAAAGAUUGAUCUAUUCUCUUAUCCUUGUUCUACUGACGCGAUUUGGACUGUACCGUUCCGUGUCAAUUGGCUGCGCUCCAAAUAUCUGAUUCCUGCCUGCUAAUUUGCUGCGCUCCAAAUAUCUGAUUCCUGCUAGCAAAGAACGCCCUUCGCGAUUACUUAUCUGACAGCUUGAGGUGUCUGGUAGGUUGUUGGAUUGAGUCCCUCGAUACGCUAACUUACUGACCAGAAGUUUCGUGGUCCGAGUCCAACCCUAGCAUCUCGAUCGCUCCUGUCUAGCUUGAGCAACUUGGCGGUGCUUCAUCCCUCGUGCUUCCUUCGGGUGAC